AUGGAUGAAGCAACGCAGCUUUCAACGCAACCAUAUGCCGACCCUCGGCGGAUAGGGCUCAACAACUCCGGGCUUGAUGAAGAGGAUGUUCCCGACAUCAUCUGUGUUUUACAUCCGAACUCCAUGGCAGCCCACAAUGCUGUAUCUGCGACUGCGCGUUUUGGCCCACAGCAUAUCUUACAAAGGGACAAUCUUGAAAACGACACCGGACUUCCCAACAGCUCUCCCGGGGACAUCGCGUUGAGGCUUUCAUCCUCUGUAAAAGACGUGAGUAUGGGCUUUUGUUUCGGUCGUAAUCCUAAUCGCUGCGAUAUAGUCCUCGCUCGGGAUGAUAGCGAAAAGAAGAUAUCAAAUGUGCACUUUCGGAUCUAUCUAACGCGCGACAAUAUCUUGAUGCUACAAGACACUUCAACCAAUGGGACCCUUGUAGAUGACAAAGUUGUUCGGAAAGAUAAUAAGUAUGGUGCUUCCUCCACACAAAUGCUCGUCCCCGGCUCUAUCAUUCACGUGGCGAAUGAUUCGACCACUGGCAUCAAGUUCAUAGUCCGUAUUCCUCCUCGGGAUGGCUUUGAGCGUGAGUACACACAGAAUGUGAUUCACUACAUGAACCGAGUACAAAACGCAUCCAAAAAAUAUGGAGAUGGUGGAGCAAAGCCUGGAAAGGCGGCACAACGUAAUGGUUAUCUUAUUGUCCCUCAGCAAGGCGGCAAUACUCAUGGGAUGCACUGGAAUGGCGGUUCCAAGUAUAAUGUCACGGGACAGGUUGGUAAAGGCGCAUUCGCCACGGUUUACAAACUCGCAACGAAAAACGACGGCAUGGUCUACGCUUGCAAGGAGCUCGACAAACGGCGCCUUAUGAAGAAUAAUAUUUCAGACCACAAAGUUAACAAUGAGAUGUUGAUCAUGAGCGGAUUACGACAUCCGAAUAUUGUCGAAUUCAGAGACUAUCAUGAUCACGAUAACCGUUGGAUCUAUAUCAUCAUGGAGUAUGUCCCCGGUGGCGAAUUAUCCGCCUAUCUUAAUCAAUGUCAUCACCUCGCGGAGGAGCAGGUAAAAACAAUCUCUCGACAAAUCUUACAUGCCCUCCAAUACCUUCACAGACGGAAGAUAACACAUCGUGACAUCAAACCGGAUAACAUUUUAAUCCAGUCAUUUGAUCCCUUACAUGUUAAGCUUUCAGAUUUUGGCCUCUCCAAGGUCGCCCAGGAAGAAUCCUUCAUGAAGACGUUUUGUGGAACGCUCUUAUAUUGUGCCCCUGAAGUUUAUCCAGAGUACGACAACUAUAGGCGGGGCGAGGCAAGGAAAAGGCGACGUGCUGCUGAUUCGGUCCCUAGAACAUCGCCGUACGAUCAAUCGGUCGAUAUGUGGUCUUUUGGUGCAGUGUUAUUUCAUAUCCUCUGUGGAACUGCGCCCUACGCUGGCCGAGGAGAUGAUAGGGGUGCAACUAUGCUGCGCAAUAUAAUGACAACCGAUGCAGAUUAUGACUUGCUUCGAAAAGCUGGAGUAUCGGACAGUGGUAUUAAUUUUGUUUCGAAGCUUCUUAAUCGCGAUCCGAGAGCUAGACCCAAGGAGCCCGAGUGCUUCCAACACCCGUGGAUCGUUAACGUUCCAGACGAACUUGAUUACACAGAGUUCGACGGUCCCAAAGUUCAGGAUAUCGACACAACUUUAGCUGCCGUAGGUGAGGCUAAUGAAGAUGAAGAAGCAGAUAGGCUUGACGCCUCUCGCCUUCAUCUUAAUGAUAAAGUUGAUGAAGAUUUAAAUGAAGAAAUUGAAGAUCAGGAGCAUGGGGUUGAGGACGAAACACCCACUGACCACAAGGACGUCAAAAGACAGCGACUUUCUCACUAUCCUGAAGAUGCAAGCCAGCACGUUGUAAUGGCCCAAGUUCCAGCUAUAAUCAAAUAUCCUUCGUUGCCAGACCUUGGUAGCUAUGAUCUAGGCUCUGGUCUCGGUGGCCAAGGAACUCAGCCGCCCAUGCCACGUCUUUUUGGGGAGAUAUCCGGGCCUGCUCUGAGGAGUUCCGCCGCAUUUGAAGGAAACGCAAACCGACCAGCAGCAAUGUUUGACUUCCAGCCUCGUUUCCAAGAUGAGGAUGUUUAUGAUGACCCUUCCUCAGAGAUGGAGUCGUCUCUAAGUUUCAGCAGUAUUGAUAAUCCAGCAGAGCUACAACAUCAACAACUGCCUAUCGGGUUGGAGCGGGGUGCUUCUGCCCCAAGUUUAAUGGGAGCGGAAUCACUAGUGGGUCAGUUGCACAUGGAAUCUCCUGAUGUCAGAACACCAAUCUCCACAGCCCAUAAUAGUAAUAAUCCAACCACCCCGGAAUCUUCCGUGGGCAAUGCACCCUCGUCCCAAGCCCGGGAAUCAAAAUCUGGCGGCCACGACGAGGCUAAGAAAAGGAGUUCAAGCCAAAAACCUGGUGGGCUCGACUCUACCGACCAAGCACAUCGAAGAUCAGUCGGCCAGGAAUCCAUCCCUACCCCGAAAGUUACGCCCAGAAAUCUCACCAAUCCAUGUUGUCUUGUGCGUGAACAAACAUCUAAAUCGUUCGACCCGAAACACCUGCUCGAGCUCGCCACCACUAUCGACGAGCACACUGGAGAGGAAGUCGCACAGGUCGAUGGUUCGAAUACCCCUGAAGAGCCGAGCGAGGCGAACGAGACGAAUACGCGGUUCGCCUCCAGGAUCACGAGUCCUGCAAACUCCCCGAGACUCACCCCUCCCUUCGGAGCGCUCAUAUCACUUCCCGGUUCAAUCACAGAUGUAUCACUCCACCUCGAAUCACGCAUGACAUCAUGGGGCCGAGGACCAAGAGUCAAUGUUCGUUACUCUGAUCCUAUGGAUAGCCGAAUCCCGGCCUACGCCCUCGAACUCACUUUCUGGGCACCGUCGAUCGAAUCCCGCAUCGCAGCCGGUGAAGACUGGCGAAAGGUUCCUGGUGUCAUGGCCAUCCUCUCUACCAAGGCGAGCAAUUGCAUUUGGGUUAAUGACGUGGAGCUACGCAAGGAGACGCCGGCGAAGGAUGCGCGUCUCUUCGGAAAACUGUACACAGGCGAUAUAAUCACGGUAUUUAGGGAUCGUGAGCGCUAUCUGCGCUUUCGAUGCGAGUUUUAUCACGGGGAAAGCAUGAAGCUGCGGCCGCUUGAGGAAAAAGGGUUUCUUAUUCAAAAGGCGAAGUAUCCGAAAAGUGGGAGCAAGGGAGACGGGAGUUUGAAAACUGAGCAGGCUGCUGGCAACACCACAACGACGGCGCCCACCAUCGCUCCAGAGACGGACGGGGAGAAGAGUGUUGAUUGGAAAGACAAUAAGAAGGAUAAGAAGAAAUAG